AUGCCAUCAAAUAGAGACAGCAGGCGCUUUAACCCCCGGGCUUUUCGGAUGUCAGCCGGAACCUCCAGCCCUAGGCCACCAAGUCGCGGUGCGCAUCGCUUGUCACGGCGGGAUGGUCUGGUUUUCCGCACGUUUAUUUCCUUGCCGCGGGAGGCCAAGUUACUAGAGUCUGCCGCCUCAGCAUCUACCGAAGCCAUCAAAAGCAAUGAAGAGCAAGAUUCAGAUUUGGACAAUUCCUAUGAUGCUUCGUCCAUCGCAAGUCUGGCAACUCACCUUCGGCUGACCCAAAGCAUGCCAACCAUAUCUGGAUUGCUCACAAGCGUGACUCGAGAUCAUCCCCACGUAUUUCCAGACGCCUGUCGUUUGGCCAAACGUUGGCUAUCUUCACAUGGCUAUCCUGUGAUCAUGUGUCCGUUCGAGGCUGAAUUCGAUGGUGUACGGCAUGUUUUUCACCCUACUACAACCAAAUCAUCAAAAUCCCACCAUCCCAUCCAAUCAGAUAUGUCCAGCGUGUCUAUUGACCUGAACCCACUGGAUUCCGGUGCUCGUUUGUCCGAAAUUGCCUUGGAAUUGCUGUUAGUAUAUGCAUCCGGUUUUUCCGCUAUGAUUGACCACAAAAGUGACUCUACAUCCGGCACUGCGCAACUCAAGCCCGGUCCACUACGUGCAGGCCCGACUGGGUCACCCUUGGCCGCUUUUUUGCGCUUCCUGAAAUUGUUGGCUCUUCACGAUUGGGAAAAGCACCCUCUAUUGGUUGAUUUGAAUGACGGGUUUUCAGACUUGGCGAAGCGUCGGAUCGCCUGCAACGCGCUACAGGGCAACCGUGGUCGUCUGCCAGCCAUGGUAAUAUGCACUCCAGUGGACCCACUUGGUACAGAAUGGACCACUAUAGGACCCACUCGAGCGGGACUCUCGACUCUUCAAGCGCUGGCAUUACAAAGCCAUUCUCUGCUAAGAGCCAUGCUUGUAGCAGGCGCCCGAAUCCAGGAUUUGAAGGCCAUUUUUAGACCUUGUCACAAGAAUCUGAACUUGCUGAUGUUGUUGAAGCCCGAUAUGUCGCGCGUGCGUGCACUGGAGGCCGUCGAUUUCCUCCCCUCUACUCGGUCUUUGAAACGAAGGGCUGCGCACGAAUCAGCUCCACCAGAUGAAAUACCCCCUCCUGGUGCUGCAUUCUGGCCCAUGGGAUACUGCUACGACCCAAUGACUCUGUUUGUUCAACUCCUUAAGUUUCGAUUGGGCAACUUCUUCGAACUGCGUUGGGACCGUCACGGUGGCAGUUGGAUUGGCCUCAAAUGGAAGUCAAAUAUGGUCACCAAGUCCGUCUUCUCUAAAGAAGUACUGGAUGGCCUAGUUGUACAUAAACAAUGUGGGACGCAAAUGUAUGUGGUUCAUCAGCCGUCUAGUCUGGCGGCUUUACUUCCCCAUUGGGGACAAAGAUUUGUGCAUUCCGUUCAAGUUAUUAACAGCGAAAUCAUUCCUGAACCGCACUCCAUGGAAUGCGAUAUUCCAAAAAAGAAACAGAAGAAGUAG